UUAUGAUUAAAGAUUUUCUGUUGAUAUAGCAUUUACAAAAUUUUUUGGAUUUAAUGAUAUUAAAAAAACAAAACAAAUAAUCAAGUGAUAACGACAAGAGUGUGUUUAUCUUAAAACCCGUUUCGUUUCCCAGUUUCGCAUGUUUUUAACUGUCGUCCUCUAAAAGGUUGUUAUUGCAAUUGGGGUCAAGGUAUAUUAAGAUGGCUGCGCCCACUGAACGAUAUUUACCAUGCGAUGACUUUCUUAAAUUCCAGGUAAUUGAGAUCACUAAACAAACAUUGCAAAUGUUGUUUGUUUAGUGUUGUUUUUUGCGCAGGACAGAAAUAAUCAGCUUCAUUCCUGACAUAAAACAAUGUCAUUAAUUAAGAACAGUAAAAUUCUUAUAUUCGUUGAGAAGAAUCAAUGUCAAAGUUGAAAAUGAACUUCAUUUUUUUUUUUCCUUCCUGAGCCUGAUCAUUAAACAAAAACAUGUCGUUUGUCAAAAAUAGCAUAAAUUUGAACAUGAUUGUUAAUUUUAGUAACCUAAAUUUUUAAAAAUCCAGAACAGUUACAGAAAAUUAUAGUCAUUCAAUUCUGAACUCCAUUCUAAUUCUCAGUAAUACUGAAUAGUUGACUUGAAGUUGAAUAUCUUUCACUCAAUUUCACCAUGUCCAUAUUUACUUUUAUAAUUUUUAAGCAAGGGUUAUUACUAAAUACUAGGUAACUAAUACUAAAUAGUAAAAUACUCAUACUAAUACCCCCCCCUCCCAAUCCCAAACAAAAAAAAACACAAGCAAAAUCAAAUAAUCCAUAGUCAUAGAUAAUUGUGAUGUCACAUAACUUUUUUUUAAUUGUGUCACACUCACAGGCUUAUACUUUUACACAGCCAACAGUUUGGACAGCCCAGUGGUUCCCAUUAUCUAUGCCGACUUGCUCAGGGUACAACACUGCCCUCUGUCAGAGCCAUGAGAAUGGGGCAAUGAGGGCAGUCUCACCGGGCGCCAACAUUAUAGAUUAAGGGCACCAAAAUUGUCUUUAGUGACUUUAGAUUAAAUAUUAAUAGCGAAUUAAAAUAUAAAAACCCAUCUUUUUUAACUGGUCUGGGGGUGAUUCUAUAUAUUAAGUGGCACCAUUUUCCAGCAAAAACCUUAAUUUGGCAUGGGCAGCGGAAAUCAAAAAAUUUGAGGAAACACUGGGGGUGUGUUACGGUAGAAGCUUGCCUUGUUUGCAUGGGCGCCUGCAGGUAGGGGCAAGAGGGGGGCACUUCCCCCCCCCCCUGGAUUGAUUGGAUAAAAAAAAUUUACACAAAAAUAGACAAAAAAUUUAUUAAAGUAAAGAGAAAAUAAAGAGAAAGUAACUAAGCUGAUGUCCUGUUUGUUCGUUCACCAUAAAAAUACGCUACAGUAAAAUAAAACUAUAUUAAAACAACUAAAAAAAAUGUUUCCCCCCUGGAAAGUUAAUAGAUUUUUUUUGCCCCCCCUAGAAAGUUUUCUGCGGGCGCCCAUGCUUGUUUGCAUUAUGUUUCUAUAACAUCCCUUGCUGAUGUCCACCAGCAUUUUUAGUAAUGUGUAAUGCCAAUGUAAAACUAAAUCAAUAAUAUUAAAUUAUUUAUAAAAGACUUUAAAAAAAUCACUGCAAUGUUUUGUAUUUAUCAUGAUACUGUUGUUUUAUGUUGACAAUCGCUUGAUAACAUGCUGAAAAUGCCUCUGACAACUUUAACUUCAUGAUCAAUGUAUGUGCUCUCUGACUGUAAUGUAUUUGUGGUGUAAUUAUAUCUUGGAAUUAAUAAAAUAGAUACACUGGCUUCCCAUUCAUUUUUACACCAUGCCCCGAGGGAUCACAUACAAUGCCAUAAGUAUAAUGCCCCUCCCCUCCAAAAAAAAGAAAACAAACUAGUUGGGGGGGAAAAAAAAAAAAAAAAAAGGUGGGGGGGGGGGGGGGGGGAAUUGAUUUCAAAUUAGCUGCCCUUUCUAGGCCUAUUAAGAUUCACAAUCAUAGGAUAAAACUUGCAAUAAUUAAUAAAUAUAUUUGUAUUUCAAUAUAUAUGGGGGAAAUAAAGUGGUUAACUUUAAAAAUAAAUCAUGGUUAAACAUUACACUCCCACUCGUCUCCUUUUUUCAGAAUACUUUGCCACAAAAGUGUAGAACUUACCCAAUAUCUUCCUCCCAGGGUAUUAAAUUAUUUUUAAAUAAACCUUUUUCAGUUUUAACAAGAGUAUAACAUAGAUUUAAUGUAGAUUUAAUAAGUACCGGUUAGGCCAAAAAGUUAAAGAAUCUCAAGGACCAUGGUUUUCCUGCUUUAAAUCGAUGUGGUGUACGCAGGUCAUGGCCAAAGAUUUAGCUAGGUACACCACCGUGGUGUAUGCAGGCCAAAGUCCAUGGUUUUGCCAAGUACACCGCCAAAGUGCCGGCCAUUUAAUUAAUGGCACCAUCCUUUAUUAUGUACUGUUUAUCACGAGCCAUAUCGUAAAAUAAGAGAUUAAAUUCUCUGCACAUUAUAGCGGUACGUAACAGGCGGGAUACAUCACAUGCAUGUUGAGCAUAAAGACAAACAAAAUAUUACUGUAAUACCGCUACUACUUAUUACUAUUUGUGCGAUAUCUAGCCAGUUCAUUUGUCAAAAUACCAGACAACCUUAUUAUGAUAAUUCCUACAAAACAUUGCACAAUAUUUUAACAACAUUCGAGAUAUAAAUAUGCUUUUUUUUUUUACUGUAAAAUUUCAGGACAAUUCUUGUAGAAUUUUUGGAUUAAUGUACAUACUUUCUGUUAAGACAUUUGUAUGCAAAAUUGACAGCCCUCCCCCCUUCAGUGCAUACAUACUAAGUGGAUGGUUCCUAAAGUGCAGUACCUUUUAAAAAAAUAUAUUAAAAAAUCGAUCCAGGCAAUUCUGAUUUAACCUCAAAAAGAUUAGAUUUGUAAAAGCAGUAGAUAAGGGGGCAAGUAAUUAUUAUAGUUACUGACAUGGUGGAAAAGAUACAGAGUACCAACACUCAUAAUACUACAAAGGCUACAUACUAAGACGCUGAAACCACUAAAGGAUACAUUAUGCCUUAUUACAAUAAGGGGCCACUCAUAUUUUUGCAAUAUUACUUAAGUGAAAAAAAUAUAUAUAUAUUUUAGGCCCCCCCGUAACACCCAACAACAUACAAAUGAGCAUCUAGACAAUGUCAGGGGGUGUGGCAUGACCCAUAUAAUCAAGUUUAUUUGCAUUUUUAUCAGCAUGCCAUUAGUUAUGGCAACAGGGUUGCUUGAAAUAUUUUAAAAUCAAGAAGGUGUGCAUAGCUGCGAAAAGGUUAAAAGAUCUUAUUUUAUACCAAUCUUUUUAUUCCCCAGGAUGCUUUAAAAAGGCUCCGCCUUAUAGAUGACAGAAUUGUCCAUGCGCUCAACUCUGUAAUUCCCACACAGUCAUUUAAAGAUAAAGUUAAUGCCACCACAGAAUGCAAGCGGCUCUAUGAUGAGGUAAGCACAGUAGCAUUAUGUCACUGACGAAAUUAUUGUUAGCUAAUAACUUCAGCCCUGCCUACUGGAGCUCCAGCAAUUCCACACCUUCAUUCACUGGUAAUAUUUUUGAUAUUCAUAUUGAUUACUUUAACGUGGCUUUUAUUGAUAUGAAUUCCUUCAAAACUUUUGUUCCUUUUAUUGCUUAGGAACUCUUAUUGCUGUUUCAAAUUCAAACACCAUCUCUUUGGCAUUUUAUAUAACAAAGUUAUAGGAUAAAUUAGAUUCAACAAAAGAAUUGUUAUUAGAUUAAUACUUAUUUUUAAAAACCUUUGUAUUCAGAUGCAAGUUUCAUAUGACCAGAGGGACAAAUCCAUUCGCCAUUGUAUAGAAAUUGUAAAUGAUGAUGUGAAAAAACUUCGGCAGAGCAAAUUGGAUGCGCCUGAUGAUGUAGACAUUCUCAGAGCUUUACGGAAGGAACAAACUAAAGUGGGUUGCAUUUGUUUUGUUUUUUUCUCAAAACAUAUGCUUGCUUAAAUAGUGUUAGGCAAAGAGAUUAAACAGUCUUAGCCAAAUAAAUUAAAUAAUGUUAGGAAAAUGUGCUGUGGGUUAGUCAACAUUUCAGAUAUUUAUUUAAUUGAUUUGAAUAUUUUAAAAUCUUAUUUAUAAGAUCAAAGUUUCUUGAUUUACAAUACCAAGGCUAUAGUGAUAAAUCACUUUUCAACUAUUUCUCAACAGUUGCGCCUGAUGCAGCAAGAGAUGAGUAUAGAGGAAGUUGUGAGAGAUAGGACACACAAGGUAGUAUCUUAAGUCAGAACGUCAUGAAGGGUUUUUUGUUAUAAAAUUAUUGUACCUUUAGGCCAAGUAUGGAAAGCAACAAAAAAACUUAUUUUAAGAACUGAUCAGUAGUUUAACAGUUUGUUGUAAAGAUUCCUGGUAUCAUUCUUUUGUCUGCAUUUUAAAUCAGAAGUUAAUAUAGCAGAUAGUUGUUUUUUCUUGGAAAUUUUUUGGAGUUUGUUUUAGCCUAUUUGACCAUAAGCUUUAGUGGCUAUACUUUGUCAUGAAAGGCUAAUUUCUGCUUUAAGAAAAUAACUUAUUUUUCUGCAAGGGUAGCCUAUACAGUGAUAUUUAUGCAUGCACCGAUAAAGAUGGGCUGAUUAUUAGUAUUAGAUUUUUGCUAUCAUUAUUUUGCUUAGAGCUAAUUCAUUUACUCAAUGAGAAAGUAUAGGAGAGGUGGCGGAGCAAUGAAUGUGUUUGGGGUGCCGCUAGAGCAAAAGGUUUGGUAACCACUAUUUAAAAAAUGCCUGGUAUUUUCUACCUUUUAAUUAUAUUUGAUUAACUUUGUUAUAAUUUUUUUCUACUUUAUUUUCAGGUUUUCUAUGAACGCUGUAGAGACAGUUACACACCACCUGUGGCUCCCAUAGUCUUAUAAUCACCUUUGUUAGUACUUUCAUGUGGUCCAAUCAUUAUCAUAUUUGGGACCUUUGUUAGAGGAAAUAGAUUUAAUCUUGAUUUUUUUAACUUAUUUCAAGGUGUGCAAACUACAGUUCUGACGAAAUUCCGGUUUCAUAUUUUAAAUAUAUUGAAUUUAAAGUCAUUUUUAAGUGAAUUCUGUGAGGAAUACUAUUGAAGCUAAUGGAUAAAUCAAUGAUAGCUUUUUAGCUGCAACAAAGAAUCAACUUAAUAGCAGCUUAGCACUCUGCUCCACAGCUAUAAUUUUUUUAAUUGUAAAAAAAGUUUAUAAAAUAAUAAAAGGCAGCGUUAAUCCUGACAUCACAUAGUAUUUGACUUUAGAAAUAUUUCUGAUUAGUGUCACCUGAUAAAUUUCCCUUUAAGAUAAUGAUCCCAUUGAAAAAAGUAGCUCUAACAACCAGUUGUUUUUUUUUAAAGCCUUGUAAUUUAUUAUUGCAAAGGGGGAAAAAGUGGGCGCGAUAUUACCAGUAAAAAAAUAAAUGAAAAUCUAAGUGGGUCAAAAUGGGUGGGAGAUAAGUUGUUUAAGGAGCUACUGAUACGAUUUAUUUUUGGGUUAAAAAUGUUUAGCUGUUUGAAGGAUUUGACUAAUUUCAGCUCUCUUCGAUGAAAAUCUGCUGACUGACUAUUUAAUUUCAGAGUCUAGGCUUGGCAAGCCAGAUAGUUUUUUAAUUGUUUUAAUUUGAAUACUUGUCUGUUUUGGAUUGAAAAUGUUUCAAAAAUGACUUUGUGAAAGUUGUGACGGAGCCGAUGAAGUGGGUGUUACCUAAUAACAUAGAUCAUUGCUUUGUCUCAAAAUAGGGCAAUGACAUUUUAAAUGGAUUUGUCUCUUUGUAAAUCGCUAAUAAUUUGGUUUGGAAUGAGAAUUGAUCUUUUCUUACCACCAGAGUUGCAUAAACUGAUUUAUUAAGUCCAGUUAGUUGUUACAUUGUUGUUCACUUUGCAACUGAUUGUGUGAUAUUUUAGGUACCUACAGUGUGGCUGAUGUUCAUAAGUUGUGGGAUGGAAGAAUUGUUUUUAAUCUUGAGGUUUUUUAAAAAUAAGUAAUAAACACAAAUGUUAUCAAAA